AGUAUAGCCUUUGCUGAAAGUCUUAUGUCAGAAAGUGUUGUAAAAAGUAUUAGAAGUGAUAAUAGUGCAUUAAAUUAUGAUAUAGAAAUGCCUUUUCUUUUUAAUGAUGCAAAUUUUAAAGAGCAAAAACACUUAUAG